GCGAGCGAGCGAGGGACACCUGGGCGGCUGCGCUGCCUCCUCCUCCUCUCACGUAGGUUUCGACUUUCUUCCCCGCCCGGAAACUUGGUGGAGGCGCCGCGCUUGCCGCCGUCGCAGGCCGGGUUGGCGCUGGGCUUCCAGCGACUCUUCCCUCCCCAUUCCGGGGGAGAGCGAGCCCUUCCCCAGCCCUGGUGGCCGCAGGAGCUGUCACCUGUGGUGAAGGGCAUUUCAGCUACUGGUUGCAGCAGCUCUGCCUACCCAGAGGCAUUGGCAGAGUUUAAGUUCACUUCAAACUCAGCUGCAGCUGCCCUGGGGAGCCACAGUUUGAGAAGGUUUCGUUUUGUUUAAAUGAAGAGGUCCGUGGCAGAGCUGCUGUGUGACAAUCUCCUCCCUGCUGCUGGCUGCCAUGGCUGACCCCAUCACUGAGGAAAUCGUGUCCCAAGUGCCCGAGCUGUGCUGUGAGUGUGGCCAGGCUCACCCCUUGCUGGACAAUCACCUGUACAACUUCCAGGACGAGGUGGACGAUGAGCUCAUCUGCCACAUCUGCCUGCAGCCCCUGCUGCAGCCCAUGGACACACCCUGUGGGCACACGUACUGUUUCAAGUGCCUGGAGAACUUCAUGCAGGAGUACAGCUUUUGUCCCAUGGAUCGCAAGAAGCUCUCCUUCCUGCAGUGCCACAAGUCCAGCCUGCUGGUGCGGAACCUGCUGGAUAAGCUGAUUGUGCUGUGUCCUUUCAAGGCUGAGUGCCAGCAGACCAUGCAGCGCUGUGAGCUGGAAGCUCACCUGCAGAACAGGUGUCCUGGGUUUAAGAAAUACAAAUCUGAACUCCAGCGGAAAAAGAAUCCCAUUCCCAAAGGGAAGGAGGAUCCUCCUGCCAGGGGGGAGACAAACAAGGAUCCAGAGGUCCCAAGUGGAGGCUCCUCACUCGUGGCAGAAAGCUCUGGAGCUGCUGUGGUGUCACUGGGGACUGCAGAGCCUGGACUGGUUAACCCAGCUUUUGAGGAGACUGAAGAAGACCUUCCUCAAAGAACCAGUCUUGUGGCUGAAACUACCACCAUCGAAAUCCACCGGGAAGAUCCUGAGGAAGAGCUGGGGAUGAGGAUAGUUGGGGGUAAGGACACCCCCCUAGGGAACAUUGUUGUUCAGGAAGUGCUGAGAGACUCUGUGAUUGCUGCUGAUGGAAGAAUUGCUCCUGGAGACCACAUCCUUGAGGUGAAUGGCGUCAACAUCAGCAGCGUGACUCACUGCCAGGCUGUCUCCUUCCUGCGCCACCCAGGCCCUGUUCUCCACCUCAUGGUCCUGCAGGAGAAGGGCUUUUCCAACAAGACUGCACAGCAGGAUUCCCCUUGCACACACCGGGAAGUGAUCCAUGUCACCUUGGUGAAGAGAGACCGGUCCGAACCCCUGGGAAUCAAACUGAUCAGGAAGACUGACGAGGCAGGGAUUUUUAUUCUGGAUCUCUUAGAGGGAGGCUUGGCAGCCAAGAAUGGGAAGCUGAGUCGGAAUGACAGAGUCCUGUCAAUAAAUGGCCAGGAUUUGAGGCAAGGAACUCCCGAGGCUGCUGCCCAGAUAAUCCAGACCACGGAGUCCAGAGUGAACUUUGUGAUCCUGAGGCAGCCUGGGGUGCAGCUGGGGGAGCCAGUGGAGGAUGGCAGCACCUCCAACAGCAGCAGCAGCAGCAGCAGCAGCAAUGGGGGGAGCCCAGUGCACCACAGGAGGCGACCAGAACAGAACCACUACAGACGAAAAUCCAGCUACCAGAAGGAUUUGCCUCAGGGAUAUGUAAGUCAUGAGAAGACAGUUGCAAUAAAAAAGGAGCCAAAGGAAUCUUUGGGAAUCACGAUUGGAGGUGGAAGGGAUAACAAAAACAAGCUCCCUAUCUAUGUGACAAGUGUGCAGCCCAUUGGAUGCCUCUUCAGGGAUGGCAGAAUCAAGAGAGGGGAUGUACUUCUGAGCAUAAAUGGCAUUGAUUUGACUCAUCUGAACUACUAUGAAGCUGUGUCAGCACUGAAAUCCAAUGCAGCUUCCCACUCAGUGACACUGAAAGCCUUGGAAAUCCUCUCCCUGAACUCCCCAGAGCCAUCCCUGGACAUCAGGGAGCAGGGAUUCAGCUGGUCUCCCCUCUGGAUCACGUGGCUUGGAUUGCCCAGCUACCUUCACUUCUGUCAAGAUAUCGUCCUUAGUAAAGGAAACCUGGAGAGUUGGGGUUUCAGCAUCGUGGGAGGCUUUGAGGAAAGCAAAGGAAACCAACCCUUCUUCAUCAAAACCAUCGUGCCCGGGACUCCGGCAUUCCGGGACAGGAAACUCAAGUGUGGAGAUGAAAUCGUGGCAGUGAACGGAGUGCCAGCAAUAGGAAUGAGCAACUCGGAAUUAAUCCCAAUGCUGAAGGAGCAGAGGAACAAAGUGACCCUGACUGUGGUGUCCUGGCCAGGGAGCCUCGUGUGACAGCUCCACCAAAGCCCCAACACUUCCAGGUAUCCAAGAGCAGCUGGACACCACCCAGGCCACAGCUGGCAGGGAAACAGGGACUGCUCCACUCCUGCUCCCGGUGCAUUGCCAUGGAAGACUCCUCGCUUCCUUUUCAUGGAAAACAUUUUACCAACAAACCUGGAUGUCAAAUUCAAAGUAAGGGUUAAUCCCACAGUUGUUGGAGCUUCUCAGGCUCAUUACAGCUCCUGAGGCCUGGUGGUGCACAGAAAACUCUUCCCAGUGUUUCUCCACGACCUGCCCUGGAGGCUGCUGAGGCUUGCCUUGAUUUUCGGGCUCUGCUUUCCACGGAGUGUUUGAACAGGUUAAAACAGAGGCUUUUAGAAGCAGCUACUAAAUCUGCAAGGAUGGGGACCCAAUUUAGGCACUUGUACCCAUCAGGAUUUCCCAGUCCUCAUUUUUAGGUGUCAGUAACCCCAGGAAUGUGUUAACACAGUAAAACUCAGAGCUGCUGGGCCAGCUCCCUGUAUGAGGGUCCUGUCACAAAUCCCAGUUUAGGAUCCUGCCAACUCCACUGAUUUAUUGUAAAGGGACAAUUUCAACAGCUUCAAGAACCACUCUCAAAGGUAUCAGAAAGAGGAGUUUCAUUGAAAUAUGACAUUGCAAAAUGUGAUUUUACCAAAGGCCAAGGGCAAGGUUCACUUAUUGCACACAGGUUUCCCUGGUUUUAGGAUUGAUAAAGCAGCUUUUUCCCCAGAAGGAAGGUGAGGAGGGGAAUGGGCUGGCCCAGCCUGUUUUAUUUUUGUUUCCAGUGAUGAGAGGCAGAGUUCAGGCAGGGGCAGGAGGGCACCUGUCAGACUUCUCCUGCAGUUCUGUUCACGUCCCUCUUGUAGCUGGAGCAAAAUAUCAACUCAUGGGAUCAGGGGAAGCUCAAAGGAUCCCUGGCUGCAGGAAAAGUCACCUCCAGAAGGAGACUGUGCCCAGCCCACCUUCAGUUCAAACCCACUGUGCAGUUAAAAUUCACAACUGAAGAACUGAAGCCCAGGCAGGGUGGUUUGACCUCUGACACUGUGAAAGUUCCUA